AUGUUUGCCUACUUCAGCAAGCGAAUUGCCAUCCCCAGUGGCACCAAUGUCACCGCGGUGGGCUGGAAUGAAACUCAGGGCUGGUUUGCCUGCGGUGGGGAAGGGGGGCUGCUCAAAGUUAUGAAAGUCGACAGCGGGACUCAAGCCCAGAAAAGCGGCAGCCUUUCCAUUAACCAAACUCUAGAGGGGCAUAAUAGUACGGUCUGCAUUGUAUGCUGGAACCAAUUCUAUCGCAAACUAACGAGCUGCGAUGAGAGUGGGCGGAUUAUCGUGUGGACCUUGCACAAGGGAAUGUGGUUUGAGGAGAUGGUGAAUAACCGCAAUCAAAGCCGUGUGGUGGAUUUGUCGUGGAGCUCGGAUGGGAAUAAGAUCUGUGUGGCCUAUGAGGAUGGUGCGAUUGUGGUGGGCUACGUGGAUGGGAGUCGGUUGUGGAACCACGACUAUGAUUACGAGCUUGCCAAGGUUUGUUGGAGCCCGGACGACCGCUACCUGCUGUUCGGGACUAGUCAAGGGGAAGUCUUUGUGCACGACGCGGUGGGUGGGCAAUAUAUCAGCCAGAUUAAUAUUCAGUGUGAGAAAACACCGUCGAAGCUGGCCUCCCUGCUUUGGCAUCCAGCCUGGGUGGAACGAUUAGAGCCUUUGCCCACCAUGGCCAUAUGCUAUACAUCGGGGAAAUUACAGUUGAUGGAAAGUGUAAGGGAUGACCACGUGUACCUGAUUGAGGUGAACAUGACGGUCGAGCAUGUCGCGUGGGAUCCCCAGGGAACAGUUUUGGUUGUGUGCGGCGUGUCGGAUGUGGGGCUCGAGUCGCAAACCAUCCUCGCUCAGUUUUUUAAUAAUGAGGGGAUUCGUUUGCGGACGCUGCGAGUGAAUGGGCACCACUGCGGGGGCGUGACAUGGGAAGGUGAUGGCCUUCGGGUGGCCAUUGCGGUGGACUCCUCGAUCUACUUUGCCAACGUGCGGCCACGCUAUAAAUACUGCUACUUUAAGAAAACGCUGGUAUAUUCCUUCAAUCGUCCCGAUAAGAUUGAGGAAACUGUGGUGUUUUGGAAUGUCAAGAAUAAUGGGAGAACAGUGAAACAUGUCCGAAAACUCCUUUAUUUGGAUUCCUAUAAGGACGCUUGCGUUAUGGUGAUCUGUCCGGACCCUAAGCAGUCCCAGUACAUGGUGCAGCUUCUCAACGCGAUUGGGAGCCCUAUCGGAAUUCAGUUUACCAAUAUUGAGCCCUUGGCGUGCUGCAUGAACUCAUCGCAUAUCGUGUGCUGCGGCGAGGAGUCCAUUUUCAUCUGGCAAUUCCGAGACCCCAACGCGAUCAUCGACGAUCUGGACCCUAUCUCAAUGCAAGCCAACCGCAAAAAGAGCCAAAUCCGCGUUUUACAUGUCGACGACGUGGUGCGAUCUGAAACGAUAGCCAGCAUGAAAACUCGCUCGACCAUGACAAAUGACCUCAUCUGUGCGGCGUGCAUGAAUGAGACUCGCUUACUUGUCGGACGCGAAUCGGGUAUCUUACAGGUCUACACCCUAGAUCCCCUCAACCUGGUUGGUAAGCUAGUGCUGUCAUCCCGACCACAUUUAUUGGGGUUGAACUGCGAUUCUACGAUGUUCAUAGUGGUGGACUCUGACGGCAUUCUCCGCGUCUCCCCUCUUGAAAAAGAUCUCUCCCUAGUCCCACAAAAGUCCUUUAUGCUCCCGAAUAUUGAGCGCAAAGAUGUCUGGGGUGUGCAAUGGGCCUCUGAUGAUCCAAAUUCGUUUAUUGUGAUGGAAAAAACGCGUGUGUAUAUAUUCCACGAGCUCGAGCCGGAUAAGAUGGUUCACCCCUGCGCCAAUGUAUGCAAGUUCCGCUCGCUCAAAGCCCGAGCGGUCCAUUUCGAUGAACUCAUGCUCGACCCAGAGCGCCCGCGUAAAGAGUACUUGGUUGACUUCGAAACCCAAACCCUACGAGAUAUGCGUGAGACAUUGGAAAAAGAGAGCAUCGAUAAGGCUUUUGCGUUCGUGAAUAAGGAUCCACAUCCCAAGCUCUGGUCCAUCUUCGCCGAGCACGCCUUGAUGAAGCUCAACUUCAUUUACGCAGAGAUGGCCUUUAUUAAGGCUCGUGAUUACCCUGCCAUCCAGUUUGUGAAACGCAUUCAUGGGAUGGAUGACAAGAGAAAGCAGGAGGCCGAAAUUCACGCGUAUUUCCACCGCAUCGAUGAGGCUGAAAAGAUCUACCGUGAUAUGGAUCGCAAAGACCUCGCUCUCGAGCUGCGUUUCAGGAUCGGUGAUUGGUUUGGGGUCGUACGGCUCGUCCAGGAAGGCGGUGGCGAUGAAGUUCUGAUGUCAAAAGCAUGGGAAAGCAUCGGCGACCAGUACGCGGACCGACAAAAAUGGUCUAAAGCCGCACAGUACUACACGCAGUGCCGCAGCUACCGGAAACUCGCGAAAGUUUAUUAUUUAGUCCGGGACUACAAUAUGCUCGCGCAGCUAAUUCGCACCGUUGAGUAUGAUAAAGAAUUGCUUGUUGAGUUAGGUCAAAUGUUCCUGUCGGUUGGGAUGGCGGAUGAGGCGGCCCGCGCCUUUUUGGCCGCCGGUGAGCCUCGCAUGGUGGUGGACGGCUGCGUGAAGUUGAACAUGUGGGAUCGCGCCAUCUCGCUCGCAAAGGAAUAUAAGCUUGAGGAUAUGGAAAAGCUCCUGAACAAUUACGCCCAGCACCUCAUCAAGAAGGAGCGCUUUUCAGAGGCCAUUGAGCUCUUUUGCAAGGCGGGCCAACACGACCAGGCGGCGAGGCUUCUCGCACAGCUGGGCCAGCGCGUGGCCCAGACGGACCCGCUCCGGGCCAAGAAGUUCCAUGUCCUGUCCGCCCUAGAGGUCGAAAAGUACCGUAAGAAGAAGAUGGGCCUGGGAAAGGAAGGCACGGAGGUCGUGCAUGAGCUCCUGCAAAGCGACCAGAAAAGCGUGUCGGAGCGGGCCUUGGACUCGGCCUGGCGCGGGGCCGAGGCCUAUCAUUUUUUUCUGCUCUGCCAAAAGAAAAUUCUGGAGCGCAACCCGGAGACCGCCCUUGUGGUGGCCAUGCGAUUGAUGGAAUACGAUGAUUUGAUCGCCCCGAUUGAUAGCUACAGCCUCAUCGCGCUGACUAGUUAUCUGGCCUCGAACUUCGGGAUCUGUAGUCGGGCCUUCAUACGCCUAGAAAUGGCCGAACACAACGACGAAGAGGGCAACACCGGGGGAAUUAUGCAGGAAAACUUCUCACUGGAUUUAGACGUCACGCAAAAAACCCUGGCUAGCGCGGCCACCCAAUCAGCGGGGGGCGCCACCAUUUUAGGGGGAACCGGCAACGCCACGGCGACCUUCAGUAGCAUUUCCGCGCUCAGCGGCACCACCACUUCGGCUGUAAGCAUCACCAACAACGCUGGCGGGAUCUCGAGCAUGACUUCCCUCACCUACCCCACCGUGUCCCUCAAAGAGCCUGCCCGACGCUUCGCCAAUUUGGCGAUUCAAAUCUUCACCAAACACCGUCCGGUGGACACUUCGAUGGAUAGCGUUCAUUGCCCGCAGUGUGGAACCUUUAAUAAGGAGUGGGCCACCUCGUGCGUGAAGUGCCAUGAAAAAUUCGAUGUUUGUAUCUGCACGGGCCGCUGUAUUACAUCGAAGCAGUCGGCCUGGCAAUGCGGUAGUUGUCAUUACAAGGCGUUAGAUAUUGAAGUUGAUAGCUUUAAGAAUUGCCCUCUAUGUCAUGCCCCAAGGGUCGAACGAAUGAGACGCAUUUUGUGA